AUGACAUACUGGAACCAAGAAACUAAAAGAGGACGGAAUAUCAAAUGGUAUUAUUUUUGCAAAUUACAAGACUUGGAUUUAUAUAAGCCAACUGAGGGUCUUGUUGCGGACUGGUUAUCUGAAAAAUUUCAUCAAGAUUUUGUCAAAAUUGUUAUAAUAACAUAUUUUUUUGUUAUCCCUGUUUUUGUUGUCCUAACAAAUAAUUUUUAUGCGUGUGGGGAAUAUAUUGGACAGAGUCCUUUAUUAUCUCGUUUGUUAAAAGGAAUUUAUAAAGAGAAAUCCAGUACACCUAAGUAUAAUAAAAUUUACAAUCUUGAUCCGGUUAUUAAUAAAUUAGAACAAAUAGCUCUAUCACUUAUUAAACGAUCAAAUAUUGAAGAAGUUCAAAACGGUUAUAAAAUUCAAAUUACGGAUUUUAUUAAGACGUCAAGUGGUUAUCAUCAACCUCUUUUUAUUCUUCCUCAGUUUCCUGAAAAUAAAAAUUUGUGUGUUGCUUCAAUGUUAGAAGCUUAUUUAAAAGUUACAUCUGAUUUGUUAAACAAUAACAAAGUAGAAACUUUAUUUAUGACAACAAGACAGUCUUUUAGAGCACCUUCAAAUGAUUCUAUGAGCAGAUGGUUAAAAAUGUUCUUAUUUAACUGUGGUAUAUCAAGUGAAUAUACUCCUCACAGCAUCAGACAUACUUCAACAUCAUCAGCUUUAGCUAAAGAAGUCGAUUUCUCCGUUAUCAAGAAUCUUGCUGGCUGGUCAGAAAACUCAAAGGUUUUUAAAAAAUUUUAUAAUAAACCUAUUGUUCAAGAUCCGAGUACAUUUGCUGAGAGUGUGUUAUUAAACUUUCUUAUACUUUUACUUAAACUUUUCCAACAUCAGUAG